AUGAGUAUCGCUCUGUGCGCAGUAUGUAGACCGUCAACUUCUGGCGAUGUGAUCGUUGUGGCGAGUUAUGAAGUGGACAUUCCGCAGCCAUCUACUGCUAUAGACGUUGCUAUUCCUACGGAUUACAUGAUAUCAAAGAUCAUCCAGAAACGCGUACGGCUCCAUUUCGAUAAUGAAGGUGAAAUUAAAAUCGAAGGGUUCUACAUCCACUAUGCUGUCUCGCUAGAAGGGCCAUGUCCACUUGUCUAUGUCUGUGUAGCUGAACCUAGACUCUCAUCGGAACGUGCACAACAGUUCCUUCUCUCAGUCAAAUCGAACAAAUUUCGCUUAACACAAUUUUCACCUUUCCUUGGCAAUUUCACUUUGCAUAUUUCAAGGACACACUUUGGAAGUAUGACCAAUCCCGGAAAGGGAUCAUUAGCUGGUACCUUACUCAAUGACAAAAAAUUAUCACCGCUUUUUUCCACGGCACAAGAUCACGCUUUGCAACAACAGAUUCAGCCUACACUUGAACAGCUUGUGAUGGCGGAGAAUGCGCAGAGACCAACACAAGACGCACGAAUCAGCGACAUGCGUCGCCAAGUGGAAGAGGUGAAAAACGUUAUGGCCUCUAACGUUGCGUCAAUUAUGGAACGAGGAGAACGAUUGGAUAGUAUCGAAAGACGCACGGAUGAGCUACAAGCUUCGUCAGCAAACUUCAAAAUGACAGCGCAUCGAGUUCAACGCAAGAUGUGCAUGAUGAAUGCGAAAUGGACCGUCAUCUCCGUAAUCGGCGGGAUAAUCGUUGCCGCCAUCGUUAUCCUGUUAAUCCUCGACGCGUGUGGUGUAUUCAAAUAA